CCGAAAUCCCUAUUUUUAUGCUCAUAAGUCAUAUGUAUAUUCAGACUUUCCUUUUGCAUAUAUAGCGCAGCAAUACAAUCAACGGCUAAACUUUGAAAAUUAGAAUUCGUUAGGGUUUAGCGAAUGGCUUCUAUAUCGAAUCCAGACACCCAUGAAUCACCGCAGAAAAGCGUCUAUAAAGAUCCCGAUGAUGGGCGCCAACGUUUCUUACUCGAACUCGAAUUUGUUCAAUGCCUUGCUAACCCAACUUACAUUCACUAUUUGGCUCAGAAUAGAUAUUUUGAAGAUGAAGCUUUUAUUGGGUACUUGAAGUACCUUCAGUACUGGCAACGACCUGAGUACAUAAAGUUUAUAAUGUAUCCACACUGCCUAUUCUUUCUCGAGCUUCUCCAAAAUCCAACAUUUCGUAAUGCAAUGGCUCAUCCUGCUAACAAGGAAGUGGCACAUAGGCAGCAAUUUUACUUCUGGAAGAACUACAGAAAUAACCGGUUGAAACAUAUUUUGCCGCGGCCGCUUCCUGAGCCUGCAACUGCACCAAGUUCUGCUCCACCUGCAUCACUACCAUCAAGUGUAGCCCCUCCAACUGCUCCACCUCCUGCUCCUACACCUGUUACAGCCGCAGCUCUUUCCCCGAUGCAGUAUGCCAUCCCUCCUGGAUCUGGUCUUGCUAAAACGGACCCAAGGAAUGCUUCUGUUGAUCGAAGAAAGAGAAACAGGAAAGACGGAUGAUUUUAUUUUACUCAUAGCACAGACCUCCUAUCAACUAAUUCAUGAAUUAAGGUGAUCAUCCAUGGAAUUAGACUACAUCCUAUGUUUAGAAAAGAAGUCAACCCUGUUUAAUUGCUGAUUGCAGUUUCAAGAAUGGAGCUUGGCAGUUGUAUACUGCAAUCUGGUGCACCCCAAAACAAAACGAAAAUAGAAAUUUUAGUUCUUCCUGCAGGCAAUCACUCAUCAGCUUACUCUUGCUGUCACCUGUUGUGCUGCUGAAGCUGAUAGUAGUUCAUGUGGUAGUGUAAGGAGCUAAACCUUGGAAUUGUAAUACCAUCGAAACACCCAUUUCUCUUUUCUCUCAUGCUGGAGAAAUGCAUGCCAGCCAGCAAUUCCUUGAAUAUGGUUGAGUAGGCCCAGUGUGCUACUACUUUAGUCUAAUGAAGUCCUUGAAAUGGUUUCUCAUCCCUUAUAUGGAACUUUGAGGUAAUAUUAUGUUGAUGGUUUCUUGUGCAGUACAAUUGAAUUACAAGUGUUCUCUUGACAAUGUUAAGCUGGACAGCAAAUAUGGGUUAACCUGUUUGCAACCCAUAAUAAAACGUGCGUAUAUACGCAUUGAACGCGUGUUGAAGACAAUUUAGAAAUUUGUUGGUUUCUCUGGUAGAUGUAAGCGAUAAUACUGCAUUCUAGAGUAUUUGACUCGGAUAUGAGAUGGUUUCUCCCUUUUCACUAGGAAAAUUAUACUUCACAAAGCAAAGGCUGGGUUUUAACUUUUACAUAUAUCCACUCCUUUGUUCUUGUGGAUAGGAUCUCUACUUGUUUAAGUUGUUUACAUAGAUAUGUCACAUGGUUGACUCA